CGCCGUGGAGCCGCCGCCUGGGUCGGCGGUUGCUUCCGCUUCCCAGCCUUUGGAUUAUUGGCCGGGUUCCCGCUUCGGACCGCGGCUGGAUCGGAGCCGCCCUCGCCAUGACGCUGGAGGAGCUGCUGCCUGGUGACCACGCGGCCGGGAGGAUGAGCUCGGUCGGCGCGGCGCUGGAGCGGCUCUUGGUGGCGGCGCAGCGGCAGGGCUGCCUGACGGUGGGCGUCUACGAGGCCGCCAAGCUCAUGAACGCCGACCCGGACAGCGUGGUGCUUUGCCUGCUGGCGGCGGACGAGGCGGACAUCGCGCUGCAAAUCCACUUCACGCUCAUCCAGGCCUUCUGCUGCGCCAACGACAUCCACAUCCUGCGCGCCUCCGGCCUGGAGCGCUUGGCGGCCGUGCUGGGCGAGAACCCCCCGGACGACGGCGGCGGCGGCGCGGAGCCGCGGGACCUGCACUGCCUGCUGGUGACGACCCCGCAUACGGACUCGUGGGGCAGCCAGGGCUUGGCGGAGGUGGCCAGAUUCUGCCAGGAGAGCCGGUGCAACGACCAGUGGGUGCCCUACGUGGCUCUGCAGGCGCGCUGAGGCCCUGGCCGGUGUCUGAUGCGGAGCGUCGCGUGUGCAACAGUCCGAAGGGAAGAAUGUUGUUUCUGUACAAAUCACACGAGCGCCUGACUGUCGGCAGGCCAGCGGAGGGUGAGUCACGCGGGAGAGCGGAGCAGAGCCAGCAGGAGGUCUGACUUGGUCCCGAGGAGAACUGCGCUGCUUGCUCCAUCAGCUGUCUGCUCCGGAGGAGGAAGAGGAGGCGGCGGCGGCGGCGGGAUGACGGCUGUGGGGACGCGUGGGCGCCAGGCUCCCCGUGGGUGGAGGCGCUGUUCCUGCUGCCUGGCUUGCCACGAGUGCCAAGGGGGCUGCCUGCCCAGGAGAAACGCCGGGAUCAGCUGGAAAGCCAAGCCGCCCGGAGGAAGUUCCGCCUUGGGGCGGGGAAGGGGUCCUGCGUGCUCCUCUCCCAGGACUCCCCCCGAGGAAUUAUAGCGAGGCAGCCCAAAGCCCUCCGGAUUGCCAGCUUGUCCGAAGAGGAUGGAGCUCCAACCAUCAGCUGCAGAGGAUUGUUCUACUUUUUAAAAAGUUCCUGAUACUGAGGGUUUUUAUUUAUCUUGGAAGAUUUGCAUGUUUGUUUUCGACUUUUCUCUGAAGAUGAAAGGAGAUGCAGGAGCCAAAUGCAAAUUUAUUCUCUGAUUAAAAGGAUAAUAAACAGGUGUUAUGUUAUGAAAGUAA